AUGAAAGCCAAGUUGUUGUUGCAAACGCUCAGUAGAAAGAGGCUGGGUUGGGAUGAUAUGUUAGAAGAAACCGACAAAGAGCAAUGGAAGCGCUGGCUGGAUGAUCUCCCAAAAUUGCAACAAAUACAGGUAGACCGCUGUUUGAAACCUAAGGAAUUUGGUGAAGUUAAAGAGGUACAGUUGCACCUCUUCUCGGAUGCUUCUCGUCAAGGAUAUGCAGCCGUUGCAUACCUCCGUUUGAAAGAUGUGACCAACCAAGUUCACUGUGCAUUUGUAAUGGGAAAGGCAAGAUUGGCUCCCAUAUGUGAGAUUUCCAUUCCAAGAUUGGAGCUGACAGCCGCUGUCAUCUCCGUAAGGCUCUCUAAGAUUAUUCAAGAAGAGUUAGACAUGACAAUAGACCGCAUUUCUUAUUGGAGUGACUCGACUUCCGUGCUGAAGUGUAUCAACAAUGAGUCAAAGAGAUUCCAUACAUUUGAGUCUAAUCGUCUAACACUUAAAUCACAACUAUAUGGUGUUGACAAUAGGAGAACUACUUGCGGCUGA